CGUCUCUCCUCCUUCUCUCUCUGUGUGUCUCUCAAUCUCGCUCUACUUCCUCUUCUUGUGUCCUCUCCAGUCCUGCGCUGCACUGCUUCAUUCGUGUCGACUGCCCAGAGUCCGCGAAUACAACCCUGCUUACAACCACACACACAGAAACAUUGGUUUACAUCAUCUUAUCGUUCCUGUUCACUGGAGGAAGGAGAGUAGAGUUCCAACCAAUCCCUGACAAGAAAAAGACAUUCCGUUCCCAGCCACAUUCCAGAACCCUGUGGACCCCUUGUUGAAGCAUGUCUCUGUACAGCUUUGGGUUGGAGCCUCUCUCCUGUCAUGCCUGGAAUAAGGACAGGACACAGAUUGCUGUCAGCCCCAACAGCAGUGUGGCGAUCAUCUAUGAGAAGAAGGGGAACGAGUGGGCCAAGAUCCACGAGCUGACUGAGCACAGUGGACGAAUCACAGGCAUCGACUGGGCUCCGGAUUCGAACCGCAUCGUGACGUGUGCAUCGGACCGUAAUGCGUACGUGUGGACCCUGAAGGACAAGGUGUGGAAGCCCACUCUGGUGUUGGUGAGGAUCAACCGGGCUGCUACUUUCGUCAAGUGGUCCCCUCUGGAGAAUAAGUUUGCCCUGGGCAGUGGAGCUCGCCUCAUCUCUGUCUGCUACUUCGAGAAGGAGAACGACUGGUGGCUCAGUAAGCACAUAAAGAAGAGCAUCCGGUCCACGGUGAUGUGUCUGGACUGGCACCCCAACAACAUCCUGUUGGCUGCAGGAUCCUCUGACUUCCACUGCAGGAUCUUCUCUGCCUACAUCAAGGAAAUCGAGGACAAGCCAGGCCCGACAGCUUGGGGGGCUAAGAUGCCAUUUGGGGAGAUGCUGCUGGAGACCAAGGACUGUGGAGGUUGGGUACACAGUGUCUCCUUCUCCCCCAGCGGAGACCACCUGGCCUGGGUUGCUCACAACAGCAGCAUCAGUGUGGCCGACGCCACCCAGGGGAAAGAGGUGACUCAGCUGACAACGGACCGCCUCCCUCUACUGAGCGUGCUCUAUGUGAGCCCCACAGAGAUGGUUGCCGCGGGCCAUGACUGCUGUCCGUUUCAGUUCUCCUAUAAGGGCCCAGGCAGUCUGAAGUUUGUUAAGAAGCUGGACAUCCCCAAGCAGACCUCUAGGGGCAGCAUGUCCGCCAUGCAACACUUCCGCAAUCUGGAUAAGAAGGCUACUGACGACGACGAGAGCAACGAGCUGGGCUGCCUGCACCAGAACAGCAUCACUCAGCUGUGUAUCGUGUCAGGAACUAAGGCCCACGUGGACAAGUACAGCAGUGUGGGUCUGGACGGAGCUAUGGUCCUCUGGGACUUCAAGCACUGAGUUCAUGGAGGAUGCUAAGAGCCAUAGGCUGUGUCUUGCCAUCUGUGCGGUCAGCAUUACUCCAGAUGACCAUGGGACUCACCACUACCAGUUGUUAUUAACAUCUACAUUAAGCAGUUAGUCACACCAGGGUUGGGGUCAAUUCCAUUUCAAUUUCAGUCAAUUCGGAAAGUAGACCAAAUUCCAAUUCCAUUUUUUUUUAAAUUCCUCAUUGAAAAGCAUUGACUGGAAUUGAAAUGGAAUUGACCCCAACACAGAGUCACACCACUGUCAAGUGACCCAUUAUUUUACACAGAUAGAUGUGUUAUCAUAUGUAUUCAUUUUCAACUGGAACAGUAGACACUUCUGCAGCUUCAAGAUGUUUUACAAUAAAUCAUGUUGCUUUGUGCUGGGUUUCAAUCAAUCAAUCAAUAUUUUUGAAGUAAAAUAAACAUGCUUUCUACAGAUUCUGAUGGACUGAGUUUUCAUAUUGCACUGUGGUUCCUAUGUGAUAAAUGAACUCACACCCAAGUGGUACAUGUAUAUUUCUAAUACUGUAAUAAAUCAUAACGUCCAUCCCUGGCUGAGUGCUACACUUCUGAGUUUUCAUAUUGUACCGUGGUUCCUAUGUGAUAAAUGAACUCACACCCAAGUGGUACAUGUAUAUUUCUAAUACUGUAAUAAAUCAUAACGUCCAUCCCUGGCUGAGUGCUACACUUCUGAGUUUUCAUAUUGUACCGUGGUUCCUAUGUGAUAAAUGAACUCACACCCAAGUGGUACAUGUAUAUUUCUAAUACUGUAAUAAAUCAUAACGUCCAUCCCUGGCUGAGUGCUACACUUCUGAGUUUUCAUAUUGUACCGUGGUUCUUAUGUGAUAAAUGAACUCACACCCAAGUGGUACAUGUAUAUUUCUAAUACUGUAAUAAAUCAUAACGUCCAUCCCUGGCUGAGUGCUACACUUCUGAGUUUUCAUAUUGUACCGUGGUUCUUAUGUGAUAAAUGAACUCACACCCAAGUGGUACAUGUAUAUUUCUAAUACUGUAAUAAAUCAUAACGUCCAUCCCUGGCUGAGUGCUACACUUCUGAGUUUUCAUAUUGUACCGUGGUUCCUAUGUGAUAAAUGAACUCACACCCAAGUGGUACAUGUAUAUUUCUAAUACUGUAAUAAAUCAUAACGUCCAUCCCUGGCUGAGUGCUACACUUCUGAGUUUUCAUAUUGUACCGUGGUUCCUAUGUGAUAAAUGAACUCACACCCAAGUGGUACAUGUAUAUUUCUAAUACUGUAAUAAAUCAUAACGUCCAUCCCUGGCUGAGUGCUACACUUCUGAGUUUUCAUAUUGUACCGUGGUUCCUAUGUGAUAAAUGAACUCACACCCAAGUGGUACAUGUAUAUUUCUAAUACUGUAAUAAAUCAUAACGUCCAUCCCUGGCUGAGUGCUACACUUCUGAGUUUUCAUAUUGUACCGUGGUUCCUAUGUGAUAAAUGAACUCACACCCAAGUGGUACAUGUAUAUUUCUAAUACUGUAAUAAAUCAUAACGUCCAUCCCUGGCUGAGUGCUACACUUCUGAGUUUUCAUAUUGUACCGUGGUUCCUAUGUGAUAAAUGAACUCACACCCAAGUGGUACAUGUAUAUUUCUAAUACUGUAAUAAAUCAUAACGUCCAUCCCUGGCUGAGUGCUACACUUCUGAGUUUUCAUAUUGUACCGUGGUUCUUAUGUGAUAAAUGAACUCACACCCAAGUGGUACAUGUAUAUUUCUAAUACUGUAAUAAAUCAUAACGUCCAUCCCUGGCUGAGUGCUACACUUCUGAGUUUUCAUAUUGUACAGUGGUUCUUAUGUGAUAAAUGAACUCACACCCAAGUGGUACAUGUAUAUUUCUAAUACUGUAAUAAAUCAUAACGUCCAUCCCUGGCUGAGUGCUACACUUCUGAGUUUUCAUAUUGUACCGUGGUUCUUAUGUGAUAAAUGAACUCACACCCAAGUGGUACAUGUAUAUUUCUAAUACUGUAAUAAAUCAUAACGUCCAUCCCUGGCUGAGUGCUACACUUCUGAGUUUUCAUAUUGUACCGUGGUUCCUAUGUGAUAAAUGAACUCACACCCAAGUGGUACAUGUAUAUUUCUAAUACUGUAAUAAAUCAUAACGUCCAUCCCU